UCACUGCAGGAGACAGACUCUAGUGGACACUGGAGGAACUGCAGCAGUAAAGUUAGACAUUUUAACAUGGAGCUCUAUGGGGACUGACUCACUGCAGGAGACAGACUCUAGUGGACACUGGAGGAACUGCAGCUGUAAAGUUAGACAUUUUAACAUAGAGCUCUAUGGGGACUGACUCACUGCAGGAGACAGUUUUGAGGGGGUGUGAGGGGCUCCUUAAAUACAAAUCAAUAUGGACGUGUGUCAUUAUCAUUUGAAUAUAAACAUUAAGAUCAUUUGUUGUCCCUUCAGAGAGCGUCUCCCCGUACAUCUUUCACAAACACAGCCAGAGGAACAGCGUCAGCUACAGAGACGACGCGGUGGAAAAAGGCGAAGCUGAUUCUCUCAGAAAGGAGAACGCUCCGUCAGGAUCCGAAGACGAGGACAAAAACAACAACGCUCCACCCAAAGAGAAAAGAUUCAAACAAGACGACGACUUGUGUUCAGACACAAAGCAGAGAAGCGUUUAUACGAAGACAAUGGAGGACGCAGAGAGAGGAGUGAAGAUCGUAACGUCUAUCUCCGUUAACGACGAGGCCAACCCAAAGAUCACCUUCCUGCAGUCGCAUCAACAUUUCUCUGGAAACAAAGACGACCCGAUGAGUCUGUCCGCUCCCAUCACCAACAUCAUGAACAUCAACUGUUCAGCAUCACAUGUGAGGCUGGAGAUCCACGAACUGCUCCACAUGAACACGGCCGGGAUCAAGACCACCUUCCUGUUCACGAACCAGAAGACCAACGCUGACCAGAUGAUUCAUAACACCAACGCUGACCAGAUGUUUCAUAACACCAACGCUGACCAGAUGAUUCAUAACACCAACGCUGACCAGAUGUUUCAUAACACCAACGCUGACCAGAUGUUUCAUAACACCAACGCUGACCAGAUGUUUCAUAACACCAACGCUGACCAGAUGUUUCAUAACACCAACGCUGACCAGAUGAUUCAUAACACCAACGCUGACCAGAUGAUUCAUAACACCAACGCUGACCAGAUGUUUCAUAACACCAACGCUGACCAGAUGAUUCAUAACACCAACGCUGACCAGAUGAUUCAUAACACCAACGCUGACCAGAUGAUUCAUAACACCAACGCUGACCAGAUGUUUCAUAACACCAACGCUGACCAGAUGAUUCAUAACACCAACGCUGACCAGAUGAUUCAUAACACCAACGCUGACCAGAUGUUUCAUAACACCAACGCUGACCAGAUGAUUCAUAACACCAACGCUGACCAGAUGUUUCAUAACGCCAACGCUGACCAGAUGUUUCAUAACACCGCCUGUGGGAAAUCAUGGACGCCAAACAAUGAGUCCCACCAUGUGACCAACCACGGCUCAGACAACAGCUUCACCUUUGGGUCGGUUCACAGUGACUCAGCGUGCGUCAGUUCUGAUUCCGCCCACAGACUACAGAGGUCAGAGUUCAUGUUGGAGACUCCGCCCCCUGUGUUCAGGUCGGGACCUGCAGGGAAGAGGAAACACUUCCAGAAGGGCGCCAGUGCUGAUGACUUCUGGGACAUCCCGCCCCCCCGAGAGUUCUCAGACCUCAGAGUGAAGGUUCUGGACGAGCUGACCCAGGACCUGUCCUCCUGCAGGCUCUCAGAGAGACCGCUGGAAGAGCUCCGCCCCCCACACAUCACCUGCCAGGACUAUAGCCAGUACUCUGAGGGACGCUCCCCGUCAUUCGAUCAGGUAUCAGAGCCCGACAGCUUCGAGCCGUCCCUCAUCAGACCAUCCCUGUCCACCAACAGGUCCAGCUUCACCAGAGACUUCAUUACUGGGCAGCACAGGAAGUCCUGGAUCAGGAACAACAGCAUCGCCGCCGUGCGACACAGAACGUGCUCCAUUCCAAUGAAGAGACGGCAGACGUAUCCCGGGACAUCAGGGGGUCUCAGCCUGAACCAGGACCAGGACCUCCUGGUGGCCUGUGCUGGAUCUUUGUCCUCCUUGAUGAUGAGCUAUGACGAUACAGAGAGUGCCCCCCCAGACGAGUACGGCGAGGACAGCGUCUCUGCUUUCAGAACAGGAAGUCUGAACUCUUUACACAGCCGGGGUUUGAAGCAGACUCUGAUUGGCUCGUACUACCUGACCUCCUCUGACGAUGCGUUCACUGUCACUGAAGAAAGUGGAGGAGGAAGCAGCGUCAGGUACAACAUGAGAGACGUCAUGCAGAGCGUCUGUGUGGAUCACAGAGAGUUAGCAGACAGCGGCUUCGACCAGGAGAUGGGGGAGGGGGAGUGUCACAGCCUGUACCCCCCCACAGAGGAGGAGGAGGAGGGGGAGGGGGAGUGUCACAGCCUGUACCCCCCCACAGAGGAGGAGGAGGAGGGGGAGUGUCACAGCCUGUACCCCCCCACAGAGGAGGAGGAGGAGGAGGAGGAGGGGGAGGAGGAGGAGGAGCUGUGCAGGAGAUCCCUGAUGAUCCAGGUGAUCCCUCCAUCCUGCAGCGGCUCAGAGGAACACAUCCUGUCCCAUCCAGACCAGCAGGACUCACAUCUGUCUUCACCUGGACUCAGGAGGUCCUCAGGUAGCCCGGUCUCCGCAGGUGUCCUUCAGCAGAGACUCCUGCAGGUGGACGGGAGGCUGUCCCCGAGCGCCUGUUUGGACAAACAUCACAGCAAGUCUGCAGGAGACUCCCGCAAGAACUCCCUGAGCACACACGAGGACCCGGAGCAGACCUGUCCCCCUAAGUCUGCAGAGACCGAGGAGACGGAGGACGGACCUUCAGGGUCUGCAUCGAGUCCAGUCAGAGGGUCUGCAGAGUCCAGGGAGCAGCUGAGUCCGACCUGCAGAGUGGACAAACACACGACGUCCAGAACUGGAGAGCACCUGAAGCCGGGGGUCCACAAGGAGGCAGACUGCAGUGGAUCAGAUCACUGGGCCAAGAGGAGGAAACUGUUCAGAGAGAGCAAACAGUGGAGCUCUGCAGCAGGAAGCUCCAUCACCAGCUCCAUCACUGAGGAGUCAGUGUCAGAGGAGACUCGCUCCAUGGACGUCUCGGUAGGAGACGGCGAGGACCGAGGAUUCUACACAGAGACGUUUCACGCUUCAACCUGGAUCUAUCAGGGAGACGACGUCAGCUCAGGAUCCGUCCCCCCCAGUCUGAACACCAGGACCAGAGCCGUGUCCAUUCGAGAGAGGACGGUGAGGAUCAGUAAGGGGGCAGGAGAGUACCCCUGGGGCUUCAGGAUCCAGUUCUCAAAACCCAUCGUGGUGACUGAGGUCGACACAAACGGAGCAGCAGAGGAGGCCGGUCUGAUCGUAGGAGACUACGUCCUCGCUGUUAACGGGACCGAUGUGACGAGCAUCCCUCACUCUGAGGCCGCCGAGCUCGCACGACAAGGUCCAGAUGAUCUGACGUUAACCGUUGGCUCAGAUAUUGCUCGCUGUCCUAACACCCCCCGCCCGGCCUGUCGAGGUUACCUUCACAAGCGCACCCAGUCGGGUCUGAUUAAAGGCUGGAGGAGGAGGUGGUUUGUCCUCACACACGACUGCUGCCUUUACUACUACAGACACAAGCGGGAUGAGGGGAAGGGGCGGGCUCUGUUGGGGGUGAAGCUGGAAGGGGCCGAGGUGGGAGCCGAUGUCUCUCUGGGGAAACCGUUUGUGUUCAAGUGUCGACCUCAGAGUGGGAAUCGAGUGUUCUUCUUCUGUGCGAUGUCCAACCAGGAGAUGAAGAGGUGGCUUGAAGCGAUGGAGAAAGCUGUUCUCCCCAUCACACAGAAACAUGUGUGGGUGGAUGUGACCCUACAUAACUCAAGCCUGCCCCCGCUGGCCGUGAAGAGCCCUGAGUGUUUGGGACUUCUUCAUAAGAUGGACAAGAGCAGAGACAUGUGGGUGCAGCACUACUGCAUCCUGAAGGACGGCUGUCUGUCUCUGUACAGCGGGAUCAGAGCCACACACGCACGAGGUGGGAUCUACCUGCAGGGUUACCAGGUGAGAGAGCAGCCGUAUGGAUCAAAGAAAUCCACCAUCGAGCUGAAACCUCCGUGUGAUGAGUUCAAGACGUUUUACCUGUGUGCUGAAAACCCCAACGAGAACAAACGGUGGAUCAUCGCUCUGAGAGCGUCCAUAAAGAAGUGGCUUCCUCUCCAUCAGGCCCUGCAGGACUACAUGAGCCGCCUCCCAGAGGAGACCAGGAUGUGACCCUCUGUCCGACCCCACCUGAAGACCACAACCACCUGAGGGUCCAGUACACCCACCUCCCCUUAUAUUUUGCACUUUCUGUUCACUGUAAUAAUUAUAAAUACGUUCAGAACUGUCAUUUCUGUUGUUUUUCUUUGACACCCCGUCCCCGUCCCCCCUCCCCCUUCCCUCUCUCCCUCCAGCACCUUACCUGAGCUGUCAGGUGAUUCUGACAGUUUGGGACUGAACAUAUUGUGCCAUAGGCCUUUUCAAAUUGAGAGUUUAAUGAAACUUUGUGAUGAUACUUCAGCAUGUUCACUUCUUCCAUUUAAUUUAAACUCAUCCUACUUGAUUCAAAGCGUGUCAUAUUUUUUGUUUAUAAUACUUUUAUAUUUAACGUGUUUUUCUACAUUUAGAAGAUGUCAUAUCCUGAUUUUUAUAUACUCUCACUGUGUAACACAUUUGAAUGCAUCGUUAUGUUAGUCAAUUCUGUGUUCAUAUCCUCCUUCUUUUGUCUGAUGUUUGCACAAUAUUUAUUAUUUCUAAACUUCAGCAGACACGGCUCAUCACAACACGAGCUGAAUAACAGAUUUAUACAUUUAUAAACCUUAACACAACAUAUGAUGUCAUUUAUACUUGUAUUAAAAAAACGGAAUAAAAUUAA